UCCCGUACUGGGUGUACAAAGAUGGCGGCGCAGGACAGCGAUGGCGAGGAGGACUUUGUCACCUAUGGGAAGCCACUGGAGCCGUACGAAGAGGGAGAAAAGCCUAAAAAGCCGACACCACUGCACGAGCAGACUGUCAAAGAUGAAAAGGGACGAUACAAGCGCUUCCAUGGCGCCUUCACUGGUGGAUUUUCCGCCGGCUAUUUUAACUCCGUUGGCUCUAAGGAAGGAUGGGCCCCUGCCACGUUUUUGUCAUCUCGACAUGGAAGGUCGGAACAACAUGCCCGUCGACCCGAGGAUUUCAUGGAUGAGGAGGAUCUCGGUGAGUUUGGAAUUGCGCCAAAGGAGAUCCUGACAACGGAUGAUUUUGCUUCAAAAACCAAAGACAAAGUUCGGGAGAAGGCUAGAGAGCUGGCGGCGGUCACUGCGCCUAUACCAGGGAGUGUAGUAAUACGAAGUAUAAUUUCUUCUCCUCUCCUCAGGAUCACGGUGGGUGUACAGCUAUUGCGGCAGAUGGGAUGGAAAGAGGGACAAGGCGUGGGUCCGAGGACCAAGAGGAAAGUGCGGAAGCAGGGAUCUGAAUCCAGCAGGAAAGUCUAUGGCUGUGUGAUGCCCCCAACAGGUUCUGAAGGAUCCGAGGAUGAAGAAGACGAAUACCUACCUGACAAUGUGACAUUUGCACCCAAAGAUGUGACUCCCAUUGAUUUCACCGUAAAGGACAAUGUCCGUGGCCUCGGUUACCGGGGGUUGGAUCCUCGCCAGGCCUUGUUCGGAUCUCUGGACUCUCAGGUUAAUCUGUUCGGUGACGGCUCUGAUCGGAUGUUCAGUACACUGGGAGAUGUGCGGCACAGCAAAGGAAGAAAAGUCGGGAUUUCAGGACAGGCUUUCGGUGUCGGGGCUCUGGAGGAUGACGACGACGACAUAUAUGGCACGGACUCCCUGUCCAAGUAUGACACGGUCCUCAGAGAGGAGGAGAGCGGGGACGGCCUUUAUGGGUGGACUGCACCAAAAGAAUAUAAACACAAGAAAGGGUCUUCCAAAGAACUUCAAUAUAUCGGCAAAGUCUUAGAGGGCUUCUCUAUAGCGACACAACCGGCUUCGCUGAAAAAGAUCUAUCCGGCACCUGAGCUCCCAAGGGAUUACAGGCCGGUGCAUUACUUCAGACCUGUGCUGAAUGCAGCCAGCCAGACUUCUGCCACUUUGCAGGCCCUCCUGGCAUCUUCCCAGAACCCCGCAGCCGAGCCAAAGCAAGAACCGCUGCCAAGCAGACACCAGCUCCGCUCUUCCCAGAGAAGGGAGAUGCUGGGGGAGGAGGCACUAAAGGGUCCAACCUCCGUCCUGGAGCUCCUCUCCGACAAAGACCGGGAACGGAUCAAAGACGUAAAACAGACCAUAGAGGAGCAGAGGCUGAAAGCUCAGAAACUCGCACAGGAAGCUAUAAAGAACCGUUUCCAGGCUGCGUCCGCGGAUGAGGCACACAACAGGCUGCAGGAUGAGCUUCUUGACCGCCGGCUGGUCCCGCCAAACGCAGAAGAAUUCCGACCCUUCGAGAACAAUGCGGAAAAACAGAAAAGAUAUGAAGUAUACAUCCGUAAACUGCAUGACGGACAGAAAGACGAUCUGGAAAGUUGCCUGGACUCCAACAUGACCGAAUGGGAGCAAUCUCGUGAGAGGGAAGAGUUCAUGCGGUCUGCCAUGUUGUACAAGCCGACCAAUUCCUCUCUGUCCUCCCGAUUCACCCGGGGAAAACAUGAAGACAACUCAGACAGUGUGGAAGUUCCCAGAGAUGAAGAGAGCGAUCUGAAUGACAAGUCUGCGGCGGUGAAAAUGAAAAUGUUUGGGAGGCUGACCAGAGAUCGGUUCGAAUGGCACCCGGACAAACUGCUGUGUAAACGCUUCAACAUCCCUGACCCUUAUCCAGGGUCAACUUCCACUGGGCUGCCCAAAGUGAAGAGAGACAAAUAUUCUGUGUUCAACUUCCUGACUUUUCCUGAACCGCAGCCGGAGACUACCUGUGCAGCAAUACAGGAGAAAGCGCCAGAGACAUCGGACAACAAGCAGAAGAAGUCAUCCAGGUGGGACAUGUCCUCUGCAGAGAAGAAGAACAAGGACAGUCUGAGUGAUUUCCUCAGCCAGGCUCGCAGCAAGAGCGAGGUGAAGGAGGAACAGGAAGAAAGAGGGGAGACGAGCGCUCAGCCUCCUGUCCCAACGGCUGCCUCUGGCCAGAGCCAGACGGAUCAGGAUGCAGAAGAAGAAGAAGAGACGAGGCCUCCAAUCGAUUUAUUUAAAGCCAUAUUUGCUGAUUCCUCGGAUGAGAAGUCCUCGUCAUCAGAAGAGGAGAGCGAUGAGGACUCUGCGUUGCCCGGGGAAGAGGCUAAAGGCAGCCGGCCGGAGACAGCACCACCUUCCAUAGUACGAGAGACGGAGCCGAAGGUUCAUCCGCCCAUUACUCCUGUAGCUCCCGCACGGACGGACAGUCCAGAUGACAUGGAGGCUGAGGAAGAAUUUGGUCCUAGGCUUCCUCCCCCUCUUCCUUCUGGCACUCUCCGAACUUCGAGCGACUCUCCCUCGCUGAGCCGGGAUGACCCUUCCAAGAAGCAGAAGAGACAUAAAGACAAACACAAAGCGAAGAAGGAGCACAAACGCAAGAAGGAGAAGAAGAAAAAGCACAAGAAGCAAAAGCACAAAAAUAAACAUAAAAAUAAAAAAGAAAACGUCAACGGCACAGACUCUGAAGAUAGCAGCGCGGAUCUCAGUGACGCGGAGGAAGCAGACAAGAUUACACCCAGGGAGCUUCUGAAGAGGCUGAAGAAUCUCCCGAUCCCUCAUUAA